AUGCUUCUACUGGGCGACACAAUAAUGUUCCCACUGAAUUUGGGCGGGAAUCGAGAAGCUAAGUACCCAGAAUUAACAGCGAGCAUUGAAAGCAACAGCUCCCAAGGGUGUGAUCGCCUGCUCUCGUUCAUUCCACAAGGGUCUUCCGCGGGGGCCCCUGGCCGCGGCGCCCGCGGCUGCCGCCGACACCCAGACCCGCGGGCCGAGUGCAUCCGCCGCCGCGAACGCCGACGCCUCAGGUCCCCUUCCUUGCACUUCAUCUGGAAACAGAGCUCACUACUUCCCCCAGGUGUGGACACAGCAGAGGAUAACCUGUGCCAGGUUUUGUGUGUGAAGCUGUGUGGAAAUCUAAAAUACAGUCAAUCACAUCUUUAUAGUACAGUGGUGCCCCCUGAUGAAAUAACCAUUAAUUAUAGACAUGGCCUUCCCUUGAUAACCCUUACUUUGCCAUCCAGAAAAGAGCGUUGUCAAUUUGUGGUCAAACCAAUGUUAUCAACAGUUGGCUCAUUCCUUCGGGACCUACAAAAUGAAGAUAAAGGUGUGAAAACUGCAGCCAUCUUGACGGCAGAUGGCCGUGAAAUUCCAGCUACCACUUUAAUGGAAAUUUUGCUAAUGAAUGAUUUUAAACUUGUCAUUAACAAAAUAACAUAUGAUGUUCAGUGCCCUAAGAAAGAAAAACUGAGUAUGGAGCAUGCCGCCGACAUGGAAAAUGUGAAAUCCUUGGUUCACAGACUGUUUACAGCUUUGCAUUUAGAAGAGUUUCAGAAAAAGAGAGAGCACCAUUUACUGGAGAAAAUUGACCACCUGAGGGGACAGCUGCAGCCUCUUGAACAGAUAAAGGCUGGAAUCGAAGCUCGCUCAGAAGCCAAAACCAGUGGACUUUUGUGGGCUGGAUUAGCAUUGCUAUCCGUUCAGGGCGGGGCGUUGGCCUGGCUCACUUGGUGGGUGUACUCCUGGGAUAUUAUGGAACCAGUGACAUACUUCAUCACAUUUGCAAAUUCCAUGGUCUUUUUUGCAUACUUUAUAGUCACUCGACAGGAUUAUACUUACUCAGCUGUUAAGAGUAGGCAGUUUCUUCACUUCUUCCAUAAGAAAUCAAAGCAACAGCAUUUUGAUGUGGUGCAGUACAACAAGUUAAAAGAAGAUCUUGCUAAGGCUACGGAAUCCCUGAAACAGGUGCGCCACUCCUGUUUGCGAAUGCAAGGAGAGAAAGUCCAUGAAAAGAAUUGAUCUUACAUUUCUAAAUGUUAUUAAAUUUUUCCGGUUAUGUGUUGAUUCUGCAACUUAGAAACUGGAACUUUGAGUCCCUUAGUUCCUUUGGAUUUGAUCGUUUCAAUCUCUUUUGUUAAUUAAAAAAAAAAUGUGAACAUA